AAUCCUUUAUCGAGAGUGCACUGCAUUACCAUGUUGUCAGCUGAACAGGUUACCUUCUUCAAGGCGAAUGGUUAUCUCAUCGUUCGAGAUACCCUCAACGAUGCCGAGACUGCUGAAGUACAGAAGUGGGCGCAGGAGGUCCACGACUGGACGCCAACUGCCGACUCUCAAUUUAUGCCCUACGAGGAGAUAAAUUCUCGUGGAGAGACGGUUCUCUGCCGUACAGAAAAUUACGCGGAUAGCCACGAGGGGUUCAAUAGACUACUCCGCGGCGAAAGGCUCUUGGGUAUUCUGGAGGAGCUUUCAGGAGAGCCCAUGUAUCUUUUUAAGGAAAAGAUUAAUUACAAGCUCGCAGGAAGUGGUGGAUUUGCGCCGCACAUUGAUGCCGUGGCUUACAAUCACAUUAAAGAUGUGAAGCAUCUCACAAUCUUGCUUGCUGUUGACAAAUCGACUCUGAACAACGGAGGCCUGGAGGUUGUUGAUGCUAGCCACAACAUGGAUAUUCCCCUCAACGUUGAAGAUCACUGCAUCACCGAUGAGUGGGUUGACUCUCAUGAGUGGAAGCCUGUUGAGCUCGAGCCCGGCCAGCUGCUCAUUUUUACUUCAUACUUGGCUCACCGCAGUGGACCUAACCACAGCAAUGAGAACCGCAAAGCGCUCUAUGCUACGUAUAACCGUGCGAGUGAAGGCGAUUUGCAUAGGGAUUACUACGAGCUGAGGAAGAAAGAGUGGCCUGCCACUCACAUGCGUAAGAAGGGAGAGACGUAUGAAGAUGGAGCUUUGAGAUACGCGUUCGGUUCGCCGAUGCUGAGCCCCAGGCAAGCCUUAUUGCCUGUCGUCACUUUCAUCAUCAAAAUGGCCAUCCCUGCAACCCUUGAGCCAGAGGCUGUCACCUCUUACAUAAUUUCCAUUCUUCAAGCCUCAGACUACACUCCCUACAUCGGCGAGCCAAUCUCUCAGCUGCAGCAUUCCCUGCAAUGUGCUGCGUUAGCCGCCGAGGCAUCUCCAGCCGUGGACGAAGCUACACAGGUUGCUGCGCUACUUCAUGAUGUUGGGCAAUUUGCUCCAGCAGAUGACUUGAUUGUCUCAGCAAGUCUUCCGAUUCAAAACUUGGGAGAUGCUCCGACUACACAGAGCGUUGGACGUGUCGGCCAUGAGACUCUGGGAGCCCGCCUCUUGCUCUCACUAGGCUUCUCAGACAAAGUCGCUCGCCUGGUGGAAUCGCACGUAGCAGCCAAACGCUAUUUGUGUGCCGUAGACGAGUCUUAUAAUGACUUGCUCUCAGAAGCAAGCAAAAAGAGCCUAUUUUACCAAGGCGGGCCAAUGUCUUCAGAAGAAGUAAAGGAAUUCAGCUCUGGUCCGUGGUGCCAGGAAAUGUGCCAGCUCAGGAAGUGGGAUGACGAGGCAAAGGUUGAAGGACUCGUAGUGAGAAAUUUGGAUAGUUGGAGGGAGGCAAUCGAGAGGCAGAUUGAGCGAAGAUGA